ACUUGGGGCAUCCAUACGUGGCGUUAGUGACGGGAAAAAAAUCGCGUUCCAAUUUCGAAGUUUAGCAGUCCGCUGACGAAUUGAAAAAAAAGUCAACUAUGACGUUUUAGAGUAAAAAUUUUUUUUUUGACGUCGCUGUAGAGUGCGCGCCGGGGUGUGUAAAGAAAGUGGCGAGAGAUGAAAUGAACUGAAGGAAUACGAAUCGUCUCGUUACAUCUACUGGAAUAAAUGUGAAAGUUAAGUGAUCAUUAUUGCCAAAGUGUGGUGACUCAUCAAAAACUGCAAUGCUUCCGCCUGAGGGAUUCAUAAUCAAAAUCGUACUCAUCUCCUUAUUUGCAUCACCAGGGCUAAGUCGGAUGAAAAGGCAAGAAGAUUCUGAGGGCCGGUCAGAUAGUGAAAAUGAAGUAGAACCUCUCAUAAUCGAUCGAGGUCCUUACUUUGACAAAAACGUUUCGAAAAAUGUUACAGCUUUAGUGGGCAAAACCGCUUACUUGGGCUGUAAAGUAAGGAAUCUUGGCAAUCGAACUGUAUCUUGGAUAAGACACAGAGAUCUUCAUUUACUCACCGUCAAUCGCCAAACUUAUACGUCUGAUCAGAGAUUUUCUGCCCUCCACAAUCCACAAACAGAGGAUUGGACGCUGCAAGUCCGAUAUCCCCAACGAAGGGAUGCCGGGGUGUACGAGUGUCAAGUUGGUACAACCCCGCCGAUCGGUCUUUCGAUGGGAUUAUCCGUCGUAGAGCCAGUAACGACCCUACUGGGCGGUCCAGAAAUGUAUAUUAAUAAAGGAAGCACUAUGAACCUGACAUGUAUAGUCAAACAUAGUCCGGAACCACCUCCCUCAAUCUAUUGGACACACGACCAACAAGUAAGCACGGAUUUGUAG